CCUUGCCCGUCCUAGAGGCAAUGCCCGAGAGUCAGGGAGGUGGGGCGUCUGGAGUGGCCAACGCCCACGCCCACCCCAACCGUGAGCCCAUCAUCUUCUGGAUCACAGUUGCACUCUACGUGCUCAUCGUGGUCUUGAUUAUCGCAAUCCAAGUGAUCAACUGUUGCUGCUGUUGCUGCGGUGGUGGUGGCGAAAGUGGGGCAGCUACAGGGAACCUAUCUUGUCCUAUCAAUCUCACGAUAAUCGACACAAAUAUGACACUAACCUUUGCCAAAAUGUUGGAAAAAGCCGUUGCAAAUUUUGAAACACUAAUCCGCAACGUCAGCAAAGAAGUCGAUGAUAUAAAAUCGUCUACAGACAAAAUGGUUCAAAACGUUGAAGAAAAAAUUGAUCUCGAAAAGGAGUUUGAAUCGAUCAAUAAGUUUUGGAAUGACACCAGUGCACAGGCUGAGGAUGCGACAAAGAAUUUGGAAGAUCUCACCACCAGCGUGAACGAUGGACUUUCACAAUACUCGGGAUACAUUCGCAUCGGAUUCAACGCAAUCGGCGGACUCUUCAUAGUCAUGGUGACCAUCGCAGCCCUCAUUGCUGCCCGUCUUCUUUAUCGAGCUUUUCGUGAUCGACUCUACGCUGGCGCGGACACCGUGCUCACAUAUACACCCGGUAAUAAGUGGGACAAGAUUGUCUGCGGAAAGGGGUCGGUCUGCUGCUGUUCGGCGAUUUUCAUCCCAAUCCUGCUCAUCUUCGCCGCCAUAAUUGCAGUUCUGCUAUUCGUUUUGACGUCGGUAUCAGGUGAGGGCUGCAUCUACGUCACACGGGAGACAGGUGUGAACAAGACUGACUUCGUGGUGGACGGAAUGUUGGCUCGGCGUUGGUCGUCACUUGUAGGUAGGUCGGUUGAAGAAGCCAACGAGUUCCUCUACGCCCCACCUCCCAGGCACGUGCUCUACGCUCUUACCCAGACCUGCCGUGGCAGCACAAAGCAGUCACCCAGAAGUGGCCUUCUGUCUGCCGUGGGGUACACCAGUCUGGUGGAUGUCUCGAAAUUGGUUAAUAGUAAACGAGUGAAGGAGGGAAUGGCCGAAGGAAAGAACGUUACUGCUGAACACGUAAAAAAACUUGGAAUUUCGUCAAAGCUGCCAAAUGUGAGCUAUUUAGAAAACGCCACAAACUCACUGAAAGCGGCAAUAAACAGUCUUAACCUUACAGUACUUAUUAACUCGACGGACCCCAAAUUUCCGAAUGCAACUCCACUUGAGGUUCUUGUUGCCAACCUGAAAGAAUUUUAUAACCAAUCGAACAUAACAAAUCAGGCUGAAUUUAAAAAUGGAACUGCUUCCUUGGAGACAGCAGUCAACACCACGGAUGGCGUCAAGUCACUGAUGAAUUCAACUCACAAUUCUCUAAACAUUAUUGUUAAAGAUAAAAAUAAUACAUUUCCACUGCUUGACGAGCUAGUGGAGGCUCUCAAGGCAGCCAUUGCUUCUGCCAAUAAUGAAUCCAAGUUGAUAGGCAACGUUGAAACGAGUUAUGACAAAUUCGCCACAGAUCUGCUCGCCUUCGUUGAGAAGAACGGCAACGUAACAUUCUCGAAGCUCACCGGAGAUCUCUUCCCCUGUGAGGAGGCCUACCGAGCAGUCAGUGUGGCACUGGCUGUGUCCUGUGGUGACGAGGGCGCCCUCAAUCGAUUCGUUGGUGUGGUCUACGUCCUGGCACUCACCGUCCUCUUCAUCUGCUUCUUCUACUUCUCCCUCUUCAACCUCGCCUUCAUG